AUGAUAAUGAAAAACUAAGAUGACGCCAGAAGAGAUCAGGUUGUGCUCCAUUCUCUUCGGAUGGGGCACCGCCAUAUACAUCACAACAUAUGUGGCGCAGAACCUCAUCGAAAAGGACGAAAGUAUGUGGUUUGUUACACUGUUCCUAAACUUGCUGGGAUACUCGACUGUUCUACUCCCGGGAUACCUAGGACUUAGAUAUGUCCGAGAAUCUGGAUACUUGGAUCGUGGGACUGGAAGGUUCGCUUCAAUUGUCAAAUUAGUAUUUAAGGGUCGUGAGGAUAGUGUAGAAGAGGAGAUACUAGCUAAGACUGAGCGAGAUGAGAAGAAGGAACGAACCCUUCUCCAGGAUACCCUUCAGCUCACCUUCUGUGCUGGAGGGCUUCAAGUAUCCUACCUUACCUGGGGUAUACUUCAGGAGAAGAUAAUGACACGUGAGUACCAGGACUCAGCAGGAAGUACGCAAAAAUUCACCGACGCUCAGUUCCUCGUCUUCGUCAACAGAAUCCUUGCCUUCGCUGUGGCCCUGGUUGUCAUUAUGCUCCGCAGUCAGCCGAGGCAUAAAUCUCCCCUUUACAAGUAUUCCUUCUGUAGUUUCUCUAAUAUAAUGUCCAGCUGGUGCCAGUACGAAGCAUUGAAGUACGUCAGCUUCCCAACACAGGUUCUGGCUAAGGCAAGCAAAGUUAUCCCCGUGAUGUUGAUGGGUAAAAUCGUGUCAAACAAGAAGUAUGAGUUCUACGAGUACCUGGUGGCCGUCCUUAUCUCCCUCGGUAUGAUUGCCUUCAUGCUGGGUAAGGAGUCUGGAGCACACUCUGAUAGUGUGACUACUGUUAGUGGGAUAAUUAUCCUUGUUGGAUAUAUGUCCUUCGAUUCAUUUACUUCAAACUGGCAGGAUUCACUCUUUAAGGAAUACAAGAUGUCCCACGUUCAGAUGAUGGCAGGAAUAAAUUUAUUCUCGUGUCUUCUGACCAGCAUAUCUCUUCUUCAACAGGGGGUCUUCCUUACCUCAUUGCUCUUCAUGUCCCAGUUCCCCCAGUUUGUAAGUGAUUGUAUAAUAUUAUCGCUGUGCUCUGCCUGCGGUCAGCUGUUCAUCUAUUACACAAUCAGUACAUUUGGACCUGUCGUCUUCACAAUCAUCAUGACAGUACGCCAGGUUCUUGCUGUACUCCUCUCAUGCAUUGUUUACCAACACGCUAUAACUGCCGCGUCGAUGAGCGGAGUUGUGAUCGUCUUCUUUGCCUUGUUUUUGAAGAUCUACGGCGGUUAUCAGAUGAAACAGAAGAAAAAGUUGGGAAUGGUAAAAACCUAAAAUGAAAGGAAAUCAAAAUUUACAUUAAACUUAGUUUUUUUGACUUAAUAAGAAAAACUGUUUUGACAUCUUGCUCGAAACUAGAUGUAAAAAAAACUGUAAAUAUGGUAGCAUGAUAUCGGGUUUCUUAAACUUACACUAUGGUUUUAAAUUAGUUUUACAAUAAAACUUUUUGUCCCUUCACAGUAUUAUCCUCCCAUUGGCCGUCAUUAUUUGUUCACAUUCUUGCUUUUGCAAUUCAUUUUAAUUCUAUGAUACAUAAAGAUUAUGGUGAGUCGAUUUUGGAACCAAAUUCUAGUGGUUUAUCUGCCCCUAACCAUUUAAAGAACUUAAGGAUUACAUGCCACUGACCCCCUAUUCUCUAAGGGGUAAAUUGAAAAAUCCACCCCUCAAUAUAAAGAAUAUAGAAAAUAGACGCCUAAUCGAGUACGCUUCAUGUUCAUUGCACAUAUUGUUGUCAAUCAACCAUGUUCUCUAUAACAAUAAGAACUUCCAAGAAUAAGUAGAAAAUUCUAGCAACCAAUUUAUUGACUUGAUAAUUUGAACUGAUAUUUUUCAUUUACCUAGCUUUAUAAUAUUUAUAUUUUUGUACUGUGUUGUGUUAAAAUAUUUUGUUAAUGUUAAUUCAAUGUUUAUCUAAUAGCUAAACUUAUGAAUCUUCUAUUUACAAUUUUGUUUUUGGAAAAAAUAUAGACACAAAUUUUAAGGUAAAGCUAACCUUUUUUACCAGGAAAUGCAAAUUAUGGCCUAAAAUGAUUAAAUAAAUUUGUUCGGCAUUUUUUUGGAAUUGUGAUCCCUCCCCUGGUAAAGUUAUGUAAGCCUUACUUAGCUUGGUAAGCUUGGUAAAUGUUUUUGAAUAAUUUGUUUAGAGAAUAAUAAAAACUGUACAAUGUC